UGCUCUGCUUGCGGAGGCAGUGCAUGGAGCAGCGUAACCCAGUUAUGAUCACAGUGGCAGCACCGCUGCAGGAUAACUCCCAGAAGACGACGCAAAUAGACCAUCUCCCGCUCCAUCGCAUCCCGCAGCGACCUCCCAAGAAGAGAUCCCAUCUCCUCUCCCAUCGACAUGAAGCUUUGUUGUUCUGCGACAAAAGACACUCACCUCUAGCAGACAUGCCCGGGUCGGUGUAUGAGAGCUCCAACCUGGAUCGAGGCGGCGGCAACAGGAAGAAGAAGAUAGAGGAGUUCUCUAGGUCUUCUCGGGAGAAACUGGUCCAGUCCAAGAACAAAAUGUUCUCCAAAUUCACCUCUAUCCUCCAGCAUGCGGUGGAAGCGCUGGCCCCUUCCCUGCCUCUGCAGGAGGACUUUGUCUACCACUGGAAGGCCAUCACCCAUUACUACAUCGAGACGUCCGACGACAAGGCCCCGGUGACGGACACCAACAUCCCGUCCCACCUGGAGCAGAUGCUGGACAUCCUGACCCAGGAGGAGGAGGAGCGGGAGUCAGGGGAGACGGGCCCCUGCAUGGAGUACCUCCUGCACCACAAGAUCCUGGAGACCCUGUUCACCCUGGGCAAGGCCGACUGCCCCCCGGGGAUGAAGCAGCAGGUGUUGACCUUCUACACCAAGCUGCUCGGGCGCAUCCACCAGCCCCUGCUCCCUCACAUCAACGUGCACCGGCCCGUCCAGAAACUGAUCCGGCUCUGCGGGGAGGUGCUGGCGGCGCCCACGGAAAACGAGGAGAUCCAGUUCCUCUGCAUCGUGUGCGCCAAGCUGAAGCAGGACCCGUACCUGGUCAACUUCUUCCUGGAGAACAAGGCCAGGAGGCCCGAGGCACAGAGCCCCGGAGGCCCAGUGGGGGCCAGGGGCGGCCUGGCCUCCCCGGACACGGGUCAGCCCCACGGGGACCAGCCCCCGGCCCCCGGCGAGGAGCCACAGGCUGGGGCCGGGGCCGCCGCCGCCGGUAGUCCAGCCAACAGCCGCAGCUCCAACAACAACCACAGCAGCAACAACUACAACCUGGUCACCUCCCUGCUCAACCUGACCAGGAGUCCGGACGGCCGGGUGGUGGUGAAGGCGUGCGAGGGCCUGAUGCUGCUGGUCAGCCUGCCCGAGCCCGCCGCCGCCAAGUGUCUGACGGAGAACACAGAGCUGGUGGAUCUGCUGACCGACCGGCUGUCGGGCUUCUACAAGGCCCUGCCCACCUCCAUGGACCCUCUGGACAUCGAGACGGUGGAGUCCGUCAACUGGGGUUUGGACGUGUACAACUUGAAGGACGAUGCGGCCAUCUUUGCGGGGAAGAGAGGACUGAUCUCCUUCCUGUCAUGGCUGGACUACUGUGACCAGCUCAUUAAGGAGGCUCAGAAGUCGGCAGCCACGGUGAUGGCCCGGGCAGUGAGAGAGAGGUUCUUCAUUCCCGUCAUGGAGCCUCAGCUGAUGCAGACGUCUGAGGUGGGCAUCCUGACCUCCACAGCGCUGCUGAACCGGAUCAUCAGGCAGGUGACGUCGGAGGCCCUGCUGCAGGAGAUGGUCUACUUCCUGCUGGGGGAGGAGCGGGAGGCGGAGACCCCCACGGGGGUGACGCGCUACCCCCUCAGACACAGGCUCAUCGAGCACUGCGACCACCUGUCGGACGAGAUCAGCAUCAUGACGCUGCGGCUGUUUGAGCAGCUGAUCCAGAAGCCCAGCCAGCACAUCCUGUUCAGCCUGCUCCUGCGCAGCCUGGAGGAGAGGAACUACCUGGAGAACAAGCCCGCGGAGGAGCCCCUGGAGAACGGCCUGGCCCAUGACGCCGUUGACCUGGAGGAGGACCCCCUGUUCGGGGACGACCCCUCUGCCGACGGCAGGCUGACCAGCUCCGACUGGCUGAGUCCGUCUCCGUCGCAGAGUCCCGACCACGGCAAGACGGACGGCAAGACGGAGGUCCACAAGAUCGUCAACAGCUUCCUGUGUCUGGUGCCGGACGAGGCCAAGUCGUCCUAUCACGUGGAGGGCACGGGUUACGACACCUACCUGAGAGACGCUCACAGACAGUUCAGGGACUACUGCGGGGUGUGCCAGCGCUGGGACUGGCGUGGGACCCCCAAGCCCAUCGAGAAGUGUGACCUAGAGAGACCCUUCUUCGAGGGUCACUUCCUGAAGGUGCUUUUCGACAGGAUGGGGCGGGUCCUCGAUCAGCCCUACGAGGUGAACCUGCAGGUGACCUCUGUGCUCUCCAAGCUGUGUCUGCUGCCCCACCCCCACAUGCACGAGUACCUGCUGGACCCCUACAUCAACCUGGCCCCUGGCUGCCGCUCCCUCUUCUCCGUCAUCGUCAGGGUGGUGGGCGACCUCAUGUUGAGGAUUCAGCGCAUCCCCGACUUCACCCCAAAACUCCUGCUUGUGAGGAAGAGGCUGCUCGGGCUGGAGCCGGAAGGAGUCAACGUGGACCACAUGACUCUCCUGGAGGGCGUGAUCGUGCUGGAGGAGUUCUGCAAAGAGCUGGCGGCCAUCGCCUUCGUCAAGUUCCACGCCACCGCCACGUCUUCGCCGUAACCCCCCCCUCUCCCCCCCUCUGGACAUCGAGCGUGGGGGUCGGUCGGGGCGGCGCGGGGGGGUAAGGCGGGAACAACAGUGAACAAUCACCAACCAACAAGCAAUUGUUUGGAGGGGGGGGGGGGGGGGGGGGGACAGAAAGAGAACAGUUUUUCGGCAGCCGUUCCCCUCCCUGCUUCAGUCUAUCGGACUCCAGUGUAGGCUGUCUGUUCAGCCCGUCGCCCUCGUCAGGGUGCAAUGCAAACACUGCCCAGUAGGGGCUCCAGAGAGCAGGAGGAGGAGGCGCAGUAUAGGGUAAAUGGGGGGGGGGGGGGUCUGUGUGGCUUCCUGUUGAAGGAGGUUGAGCUAAAUAUGAACACACACACAGCCUCCACAUUAUCACGCUCUCUCCUCUACUUCCUCUGCUUUCUGGCCAGAGCAAGUGAUUUCUGGGGAUGAAUGUGUGUUUGCGAGUGUGUGUGCGUCUCGAUGUAUAUUUAUUUAUGGUUCCUUGUAUCAAGCGUUUGUCAGCGUCCAUGCCUUAAUGUGGAGUCACACCUUUCCGUUACAGGUGUUCACUUUAAUUUGUGUUUUAUUCGUUAACAUCAUGUGUUUAAUUGUUUGUUUGUUUCUUGGGGAGGUGUUAAGCCUUUUCCAGCCUGUUUGAUCAUCUACUUAUAAUAACUAAAAGAUUACGGGAGGGAAAGGAUAAUUUAAGCAACCGCAUCAAAGACACUUGACAUCAUGAUUGAAAUGCCAAGCUCUCUUAAAAUGUUUUUAUCGUUUACUUUUGCUUUUGCUUUCAGGUUGCCUUUUUUGUGUAGAAGAGGGAACAAUACAUUUUAAACGAUCAGCGUAACCUAAAUAGAGUAGGACGACACUUCUUCUCAUGACCUAGAUAACCGAACCGGCUUCAAGCGGUCUGCUUUCCACUCACGCCCGCACCAAUCACAAGCUAAUUACUCUAAUGUUUAGCAUCUUUACAAUCCCACCAAUUAGGAAUGUUCUCAACUGUUUCCAGACUUCUCUUUGAGCUGCACUGGUUGCCUAUUAUUCUUUGUUAUUUCCUGCCAACGUGGCAAUUUGGGGGAAAGGGGGCAUCACUCCUAGGCUUUUUAGGUAUUAAAAAGCUCAAGACUAGCACAUUCCUCCCACACUAUACGAGGUGGGAACUUGGUGAUGCUAUCCAUUGGGGUAGGCUGUAACUGUCCUGUCUUGAUGAUGAGGUGCACAGACCGAAAGUCAUGCUGUAGUUAAUUUCCUUUCGGACGCGAUUCCGACCGGUUGUGAGGUAUUACAUUUACCAACAGUAUUGUUUUCAUGCUUUUUGUUUCUAUGACUCUUGAGACAAGAGGUUUCACCUCAAUGAUCAAGGAUUCAUUUGACUACAUUCAUUGCAAUUUGCAGUAAUAUAAAAGAUAAUGUUCAUGCUAUGAAAUGUUCUAUAUACUGGUGCUCAUUGAAUGUUCCCAGUCUGGAUGUUGGUAUGAUUGACAUGUGGUUAGGGGGCGGGCUAGUCUUCAUGGUGUGUAUGCGUGCCAGUUUGUGUGCGUGUUGAGAUUUGCUGUUGCUAUGCAGGAUUGAAACGGUUCUCGGAUCAACAGAUUGAUGUGAGCCUCGAUUGUGUUUUGAGCCCCAGCAUCAGUCGAGAAUCGCAACAGCCCGGCUUGCGUAUGUAACUGUUUGCAUUGGAUCAGAAUUGCACAUUAACUUCUUUACCUGUUCAUAAUGUACAUAUACGAAACACGGAAACACUUUUCACUUUUGAACCUUUUUUCUUAAACCAAAAAAAUAUAAUGUUGGCGAUUUACGAAUAGUCAAAUUUCAUAUAUAUAUGUUAAGAAAAACAAUCAUGCACAUUUUUUUACAUCUAUUCGUUACCACCUUGUAGGACAUGUGUAAAUUGUAGAUGUACAAUAGCAGUAUGGCCGUCGUCUGGUUUGUAAGCGCAUGAAGUUACCGUGUAUAUACGCGUGUGUCAUUUUUACAUCGUUGGUUUGGAACGCAGCCCACCAGCGUUGGGCGAUUGGAUAGUUAGCGGCCCGCACUUUGUUUUGGAGAAGACGCCACGCCUUACUUUACUGGGGGUGGGGGUACCUCCUGCUGAGGACCCCGCCUCCCUCCCCUCUGCUAGAAGCUCAUUGGCUAGGAUUGGGUCCGCCCCUUGCUCCCACCUCUUACAUUUCUUGCAUGGUUUACUCCGUUUGUAAAAUAGUUAACAAGCUUUUGGUUUUUCUGUUUGCUUUUCUUUUCUUUGUUCAGCUCAGACCAAUCACUGUACCGUGCGCUCCACUUCGCUUUUGUUUAAUCGUGGUAACCUCAUUGCUGCUUAACUCUGUACAUUGGGGAUUGGGGAUUCUUAGAUUAUUUUUCUUUACUUAUUGACUGAAGGCUAGUGUGACUUCUGUUACCUUUGCAGCCCAUGGUAUAAGCAUUUGCGUUGUUCAUCACUAGCAUCAAUGCCUCACACUCAUUUUGUAAGCAGUAUCCAUCACUCAGGGGCAUUGAUUCAUACGACCAUCUCCAUCCAACGCCUGUCAUCGCACACACAAAUCAGGCUUUGUUCAAACCUUCUCCGUCCCAAUAAAUACAUUAAAACACA